UUAAAAUGUAGGGUCCCGCAGCGACUCUGCGUCUCUGCCUUGGUGGGGACCGUCGAAUCAAAUUGUGCGGCUUUGGAGAACGUAUGUUCUCUCCGUUUCCGCGCUUCCAAUGUGGAUUUUCGGAUUCAGCGUUGGGAUAACCCUCGAUUGCACAGCGAUAUCGGCGCGCAACGAUGCCGACCAGAGGAGAACUCUGAAGAAUCAGUGAAGGAACGUGCGAUUAUCGAGCCACCACGUAUGGGCCCCAACUUUUCAAUCUUAUUGUGUUUCUGUUAUUUUAUGUUGCCGGCGUGUUAGAUUUGCGAGUUGUUGAUGUUUGUUGAAAUAAACACGUUUGGUAA